UCCUCUUCUUUUUCGGAUUCCCUACGCGGACGCUGCGGUGAGGCUCCUCACUGCGCCUCUACGUUAUCGCCAUGGUGAAGCUAAGCAAAGAGGCCAAGCAGAGGCUGCAGCAGCUCUUCAAGGGCGGCCAGUUUGCUAUCCGCUGGGGCUUUAUUCCUCUCGUGAUUUACCUGGGAUUUAAAAGGGGUGCAGAUCCUGGAAUGCCUGAACCAACAGUUUUAAGCCUACUUUGGGGAUAAAGGACUGUUUGGUCAUCUGGAUAUGGAAGCAAUCAUCGAACAGGGUCAACAUGGAAGAUGUGUGCUCUGGCUGGGAUAAGAAAUGGAACAUCGUUCAGACAGUCAAUCAUAAGUUGGAUGGCAUGGGGCUCUUUUCAGAUGCAUCUAUGGCAGAAUGGAACUUCUACUGACUUAUUUAUAAUAGAUGAUCAAAAUAAAUAUUUUAGCAAUGUUAUGUCUUGAGUCUUUAUUGAAUUGAG